AUGAAAUUCCUUAUUGCUUUCGCCCUGUUCGCCGUGGCUUCGGCCAGCGUAAUUCCUCCCGCUGUCAUCGCCAGCGAGAACCCGGAGAUCCAGGAAAUCGUAGCCGCCAUCCAGAGCCCAAGCACAGACCCCGCCACUGCUGCUGCUCUCGAGCAGUUGCUUCUCCAAGUUCUUGGUCUCGCCGAGCCCGAGCCCAUUGCUGUCGGACCCGCACUCGUCGACAACGAGGAACCCAUUUCCAUUGGACCUGCACUCGUCGACAACGAGGAACCCAUUUCCAUCGGACCCGUUAUUGUCGACAACUAUGAACCUAUUUCUAUUGGGCCCGCGCUCAUUGAUUUCCCCCUACCCCCCACGCCUGUUAAGCCCACCCCCGUCGGUCCCCCUGCUAAGGCUCCCCUAGUUCAAAUCAUCCUCAACAUCCAGUCCUCUUCUGAUGUAGCUGUUGAGAGCAACCCCACCCCUGAGCCAGUUAUUAUUGACAGGCCAAUCGUUCCCAACCCCGAGGUUGUCGAAGAGAAGCCUAUUAUUCCUACACCCGUGAUCGUGGUCGAAAACCCUGAGGCUCCUGAGUCAGUUAUCGUAGUGGACAAGCCCGUCGUUCCUGAGCCCAUCGUUCCUGAACCAGUCAUUGUUGUAGAACAGCCAAGCAUUCCUGAAGCAGUCAUUGUCGCUCAACCUAUCAUUCCCGCCCCCGCUAUUGUUCUUCCCGACAUUCUUAAC